AUGUCCCAUAAAACACAUCAAAUUAUCCAAAUUUACGGCAAAAACAUUCCUCUUGCGUUCUACCCCUCUCUCGAAGACUUGAAACGGCAUCAGAUCUCUGAAAAAUGUAAAAAAAUGGCCGAGCAGUCUGAAAAAGCCAACAAAACGGUCGAAUGUCCCAUAAAACACACCAAAUUAUCCAAAUUUACGGCAAAAACAUUCCUCUUGCGUUCUACUCCUCUCUCGGAAGACUUGAAACGGCAUCAGAUCCCUGAAAAAUGUAAAAAAAUGGCCGAGCAGUCUGGAAAAGCCAACAAAACGGUCGAAUGUCCCAUAAAACACACCAAAUUAUCCAAAUUUACGGCAAUAACAUUCCUCUUGCGUUCUACCGCUCUCUCGGAAGACUUGAAACGGCAUCAGAUCCCUGAAAAAUGUAAAAAAAUGGCAGAGCAGUCUGGAAAAGCCAACAAAACGGUCGAAUGUCCCAUAAAACACAUCAAAUUAUCCAAAUUUACGGCAAAAACAUUCCUCUUGCGUUCUACCCCUCUCUCGGAAGACUUGAAACGGCAUCAGAUCUCUGAAAAAUGUAAAAAAAUGGCCGAGCAGUCUGAAAAAGCCAACAAAACGGUUGAAUGUACCAUAAAACACACCAAAUUAUCCAAAUUUACGGCAAUAACAUUCCUCUUGCGUUCUACCGCUCUCUCGGAAGACUUGAAACGGCAUCAGAUCUCUGAAAAAUGUAAAAAAAUGGCCGAGCAGUCUGGAAAAGCCAACAAAACGGUCGAAUGUCCCAUAAAACACACCAAAUUAUCCAAAUUUACGGCAAUAACAUUCCUCUUGCGUUCUACCGCUCUCUCGGAAGACUUGAAACGGCAUCAGAUCCCUGAAAAAUGUAAAAAAAUGGCAGAGCAGUCUGGAAAAGCCAACAAAACGGUCGAAUGUCCCAUAAAACACAUCAAAUUAUCCAAAUUUACGGCAAAAACAUUCCUCUUGCGUUCUACCCCUCUCUCGGAAGACUUGAAACGGCAUCAGAUCUCUGAAAAAUGUAAAAAAAUGGCCGAGCAGUCUGAAAAAGCCAACAAAACGGUUGAAUGUCCCAUAAAACAAACCAAAUUAUCCAAAUUUACGGCAAAAACAUUCCUCUUGCGUUCUACUCCUCUCUCGGAAGACUUGAAACGGCAUCAGAUCCCUGAAAAAUGUAAAAAAAUGGCCGAGCAGUCUGGAAAAGCCAACAAAACGGUCGAAUGUCCCAUAAAACACACCAAAUUAUCCAAAUUUACGGCAAAAACAUUCCUCUUGCGUUCUACUCCUCUCUCGGAAGACUUGAAACGGCAUCAGAUCCCUGAAAAAUGUAAAAAAAAUGGUUAG